GUUCGGCACGUGUGGCACCGCACGUUGACACUCUCUCAUAGCUGACUGAAAAUACGGAGGAGGAAAACAAGCGAGUAGACUCGUGAAAUUAAGAGAGACUGGACAGCUGCGUCGGACUACUGGCUGUGCAUUUCACGCGUAUUUUCCAGUUAUUUUAUUUGUGUAGGUGUUUAAGAAGAAGCGUGUUGUUGACGUGAUUAUCCGGACCUAAUAUUACUUGCUGCUGUUGUUGCAUUACUAACGUAUCUUAAAAAGUGAUGCAGUCAUUUGGGAGUGCUUCAUCCUGGCAAUCCCGCGACUCGCCAUCCUCCAGCCACAGCUUCCUGCACAGCGAGGGCGACCAGACCGAGGACGAGGCCGACGUCUUCCUGUCCGAGGGGGAGGGCGACAGCGGGGUGGGCGGGGGGCCGGGCAGCCCGCGCACCGCUAGCCCCGGGGCGCGUUCGACCCCCGCCGUUUUCGGGGGCCUGACUGGGUCUCGGCUGAAGAGGGACCAAGCGGGAUGGUGCCCCGGCAGCACCAGGGUGAUUCUGGUGUCCCCAUCCGGGGGCGUGAGGACCGGGGGAGAGGGACGGACGGAGGGGGACUUUGUCUUCGCUCAGAAGUGUGCUGAGCUCCAGGGAUUUGUUAGGCCGCUUCUGGAGCUUCUGAACGGGCUUAAAAGGGGCAAAUAUGACAGAGGUCUCAGCAGUUUCCAGCAGAGCGUUGCCAUGGACAGGAUCCAGAGGAUUGUGGGAGUACUGCAGAAACCCAGCAUGGGAGAGAGGCACCUGCACACCCUCCUGCAGGUGGAGAUGAUGCUCAAACUGUGGUUCCCGCAGAUCUCGCCCUCCGCCCCGCCCACCUCGGCGGCCACGCCCGCCCCGGCGGGGAGCUUAGCGCGCGGCGCCGCCCCGCGGUGGCGCAGAGACCAGCUGCACAUCCCUGUGAAGAAGCGAAGGCUCAGCUGGAUGAACACAGACAGCCCAGCUCAAGCUGCUCCUGCCUGCAAGCGCGUCCAGCGGGAGGAGCCGGCGUUAGGGGUGACCAGCUCUCCCUCAGAGAGGGCCUCCGUGAGGCCGGGCGGGCGAGGAGCGCGCUGCGAAAAAGAGGAGGGGAAGGAGGCCCGGGGAGAGAUUUCGAGCCGGCCCGAGUCCAGACUGGCCCCCGUCCCGCACCCGUCUAAAGAGAGCGGCGAGGGCAGAGGGGGAAACACCAUCCCUCCCGUCGCCACUGCGGGAAGCCCGGCCACGCAGGACACCUUCAUCUCGUCCACCACCCGUCUCUCUCCUCCGCUCGACCCCGCCGCCGUGACACACGAGCCAGUGAGGUGCCACAGCCAGCCUAUCGCCACGGAGACGGAGGGUGGGCGGGGCCGGGCGUCCGAGACAUCUCGGAGAUGGAACCGGUCUCUUCCACUGCAGACAAAGCCUUUUACCGCCCCGGAGCAAUGAGCCCUCCUGGCUCCCCUCGCACCACAGACUGUACACAAGCUCCUUCUCUUUGGCCGAUUCUGUGUCUGUAUACCAAGUGGGAAGUGUUGAAAAUGCAAUAUUAAAAAAGUGUGGAUUUCAUUUUUCGACUGUUUCGCUAACUUUCACCAAUUUUUUUUUUACACGUUUUUAAUUAAUUUCUUCCCCAUGCAUUUCUGCCUUCUUGUGGGGUGUUUUUAAAAAAAUAUUUUAUUGGUUGGAGGACCACAAAAGAAGCAUAUAUAACAAAAAGGAUUUUCAGCAGUGAUUUUCAACUUUGCAACUAAAACAAGGGCGCUUGAUCAAAAUUAUUUUUUUAUUUCAACCAUUUCAACCAAAAAAAAAAAAAAAAUCAUAUCUUUUGUUUGCCCAACGCUCGAUCAUUUUCGUGUCAUGGCUAAGGCUACCGUGAUAAACCGAGCCACUGGAGCGGUGAGACUCCGGGCAGGGACGCGUGCAGGCGAACGAGCCGAGCCGCGAGCUACGGACUAGGAGCGCCACGCUGGAAGCAGGAAGUCCUCUUCGCCGGUUUCACUGGAGCUUCCGCGCUGAGAGCAACGUCAACCAGCGCCACCCCCGCCCCCUCCUCCGCAUUCCAGAAUUUCCCUUACAUUUCCCUGCGGAAGGACGGAAACCACACGAAGCGAAGGUUGUUGGUGGUGCUCGUGAGCAAAUUUAGCCUUGUGCUAAUAUAAUGAAAAACAUUGAAUAUGAUAUGAAUAAAAGCGACGAACCAGUAAAAUUGUGCCGUUUUACUGCGUCUAACUUGAAGAAGCCGGACUCUCUCAAGCAGCCCGAAACAAAUCCUGUAUUUUUAAUAUGCGUUUAUUCACUUAUGGAUUGGAUUUUUGCAUUUGUCUGUUACUUGAAUUAUUUAUUUAUUUGGUGACUGGAGAUUUCUGCAGUUGGCUCUCUGACCACUUUGGAGUGUUUGCACUAGGUGGUGAGAAGUAAAAGGAAUAUUGAUUUGGGUUGGGGUCAAUUCUGUUACAGUCCAGGAAAUUAAUUGAAAGACAUUUUUAAGAAAUUCAAAAGUGUUCUAUGGACAAUUCAAAUAAGCGAUGAAUGAAUUUUCAAUUAAUUUUCUGUAUUGGCUGAAUUGAAAGGGAAUUGACUGCACCCCUGGUGUUGCUCUUAUCGUCACUGUGCCUUGAAUCAAGACAGACGGCUUGUUUACUUAUUUUUCAGAAGAUUAAACCGUAACUUAUUUGUGAUCGCUGGACAUUCUUGGAGUAAAACACUUGUGCUGUUAUUUUGUAUCUGCUGUCGCUUACUACACCCCAGACUGUUCACACAUAGUCAGACAGGCUGUCCACCGAUAAUGCCGAAACAGAUUGUAGACUCGCGCAACUUCACAAGUCAUAAACUACUGCCAACUCGUGAACUUAGUUAUAUAUUAAAUUAUUCCAAGCCGUCAUGGUACUUUGCACAUUUUGGAAGGCAACAGUGUUAUUUUAUUAUUUGUGAAGUGUAAACCUAAACUUUAUCAACUCUAUUUGGGCGUGAAGGUCAUUAUCUAGAGAGGACAUUUAAAUGGCUACAGAAGUGAAGGGAAUGUUUCAAAUAAUACGUGAGACUGAUCAAAAUGUAGCUGACAUUUGUUUGGUUUUUUGAGAAGCUCAGCCAAUCUGGUUGCUCUGACUACAGACUGCUCUCUUCCUGCUAGUUUGAGUCUGCCCAGUGUCACUAUCCCCAGGGUACUGCAGCAGCAAGAUAUGAUGGUCUUUCUCUCGCUGAGUGUAGGGUAGAGUAGUCUUGUAAAGGCCAGAGUUUCUGGGUUGUCACAGUACGGGCGCCCCCUGGCUGCUCCUCAAGCAACUACAGGGCAUCUAGGGCUCUAGCUGUCAAAUGCUCAUGUGGAGAAUAUUAUCUGGCUUGAUUAAUAUGCAGUGCUCCAUUUGGAGAGGUGGCACAGCAGUGAUGUAAACACAUAGGGUAAUUGGUCUUUCCACCGGAGGGGGUGGGGUGGGGGGGGAGUAAUUCUACUGUAGCUCAGUGACAUCAUCACCCAGUUUCACAUGUGAAUCAUGAGCCGGAAUUUGAUCUACACCACGUGAUUUAUUUCACGCCAUCAGGACGGCAUGUCGUGUUACGUUUUUGUAUUCUUCUAAUACAAAUUUACCCACGAAGACAUGCAAAGGAUACAUGCACAGCAGCUGAUAUUUCAUGUAUUGAUAAACACGAGCGUUUGCACUGGUGAUACGAGGGUAACCUCAACACGAGCAGAGAUGUGCCAGAGUCAAAGCAACAAGAUUGAACAACAAUAGCGCGGUGUAUGAAUACGUGUAAUCAGCUGACUGCCCUAGCUAACGAAUGUACAAGUGAGUACCAAGCUGUGAAUAUGGAUAGUGCACUAAAGUUGCAAACCACUUAAGUGGUGCGUCAGGAUGUUUUUUUUUUAAUGUAUUAUUUUGCAUGGACAUUACAUGACAGCACAAGCCAGUUGCUUUUAUUCCCAUUUUGUAUUUGCAAUGUAUUUUGUCUGGAAAAAGGCCAGGUUUGUGGGUUGAAAUUUGUCCCGCCUUUUUUUAUAAUUUAUAUAUUCCCCCCCCCCCCCCCCCACAUCUACACGUUUGGAUUAUCUCUCUCUCCCUCUUUUGCUUUCCAACACCGUUCUUCCUAUGCCAAAAUUGGCUGCUGGUUGAAAGAAAACCACGGAAGCCAGCGGACACUGUGGCGUUUUGUUACUGGAACUGUGCAACCAUGUAAUAGAAAAAAUGAUUUAAUAAAUGAGAGUUUUUGAAAA